AUGAUGGAGGCUCCCUCUAAACUCCUGAUCCCAGUCUCGGUGAUCCUCGUGCUGGUCGCCUUCAGUCCCACCGAGGCCUGGUACAAGCAGGCGGCCGGUCCCAGCUACUACUCCGUGGGCAGAGCGUCCGGCUUGCUGUCGGGGAUCCGGAGGUCUCCGCACGUGAGGAGAGGAGAGCCGGCGGACAGCGGGGAGUCUGCGGGGGACAGAGUCGUGUCUGAGCUGCUCUCACACAGCUCCGUCCUCAAAAGAAUGCCUCUUUGUAUCAAAGACAUCACACCAAACCUGCAGAGCUGUGAACUCUUCCAGGAAGUCAAGGGAUCACUGAGGUGCAGAGCAGACAUCUUCCUCUCCCUGGACUCCUCAGACUGUGAAGCGGACUGAGCAGGAUGAUGAUGGAGCUCACUCUGUUCAUGGACAUUUUUAAACAAUAAAUACAUCUAACUUGACGAAGGCAGCGUGCUUGGU